AUGGAGAAGCAGGAAAGUCUGGAGGCUGCUGGCGGCCUCAAUGGAGAAUCCCCUGGUGGGGGUGUCAGGGGGGUGCCAGGAGGCAUCGGAGGGUUCGAGUCAGGCGCCGGCUUGCUCUCCGGAGUAACCAUGUUUCACGGUUCUGGGCCUCCCGCGCACAAUGGGGGAACCAUAAUUCGCAGUCCUGAUUCUAGCCAGCCCUCCGGAGGGACAGCAGUCCUUGGUUCCGGGUUCAACCAGCAUCCUGGGGAAGUCGCGGGCCACAGCUUUGGGGCCGGUACACAACCUGACGGGUUUAAUCCCCCCUUCCCUGGAACCAGUGUAUCCGGGACGUUCAACCCGGGGUCCGGGGGAUCUGGGGUGUACAACUCGGCAAACAUUCCGCUAUCCGAGUCAACUUGCACGGGCCAAGACAGACCCUGUGAGGACCGGCCCCGGAGCAUCCUAAAAAACAGCAGCUCCAUCUCGGUGCACAAAUCCCCCGGGGCGGAGAGGAGAAAAUCUCAGCACUGGGAUGAAAUGAAUAUCCUGGCGACCUACCACCCUGCUGACAAGAACUAUGGCUUUAUGAAGGUGGAUGAGCCCAGCACUCCUUUCCACAGGCUGCAAGACAGCGAUGAAGACCUGCUUGCCGGGACCUCUCACACAAUGACUCCUGAGAAGUUAGCAGAGAGGUUUGCAACAAUGGACAGUUUCUGCCCCAAGGUCCUGUACAAUGAUAACAGAAGCUCGGGGUCUUCAGACAGCUUUUCCAAGACACAAUCCGAUGACUUUGAAAAGCGCCGCAAGGCACACUACAAUGAAGGAAAGUUCCUGAAAACUCAGAAAAACCCUCCGUUGGAUAAUAGCAAGAACAGCAGUGUGGGUAGUGUGAGUAUGAGCAGUGGCGGCCGAGGUGUGAUGCUGGACUCAGAGCCCAGGCCUGUGGAAAGAGGUGGGGCAGGAAGAAUGACUGCAGGAGUCAAGGACCGGAUUGGCCUGGUAGCCAGAAACCACAUCCUAGAAGCCAAAGCUUCCCCUGCCUUCAGAAAUCUGUCCCCAACUUCAUCCACCACUAUGGUGUUGCAGAAGGAAAUUGAUCUGCAGCGCAAGGAGUAUUACAGCAAAGGAAGAUACCUGAGGUGCUGGUCCCAUCCUGAGCUUGAGGAGGACCCAGAAGAUGAGCAGCAGAGCAGCUCCACAAACUUGAACUGGGUGAUCGAGAGUCCCAUGAGCACUGAGGUCCGUCUGCUGGACCACACGGGAAGCUCCUCCCAGGAUUUCCAGGCCACCGAGAGCUCCCGGAAGGUGAUAGUGACAUCAUCGAAGCCUGGUACUGCCCUGUCCUCCAAAGACAGUGGGUCCCGAGCAAUGUCUGACUGGUGUCAGUGGCUGGUAUCCAAGGGGCUGAACUGGCAAAGCAUGGGAGGCUCAGAGAGGGAAACUGGAAGUCACCCAAACUUCACAAACCAAAGCCAGCACAGACAUGAAACCCUGCGGCUCCAGUGGACCCAGGAGGAGGAGACCAGACAAUGGAAACUGUAG